AUGACGCCAGCUUUAUCUGAAAAAUUUGAUUAUGGAGGCAAGGACAAGAUACGUGGUGUGAAUCUGGGUGGUUGGCUUGUGAUUGAACCUUUUAUCACACCUGGAUUAUUUGAUCAAUUUGAACCUUCGGAUCAUGUUGUAGAUGAAUGGACUCUUUGCGAAAAAUUGGGACCAACUGAAGCGAAACGACAAUUGGAACAUCAUUAUGAAACUUUUAUCACCGAAAAGGACUUUAAGAAGAUUGCCGAAAUGGGUCUCAACCACGUUCGUAUCCCUGUUGGGCAUUGGGCCGUCAAGAAAACCAAUCAACAACAACAAGAUGAACCUUUUGUACCUCAUCUUAGCUUCCGCUAUCUAUUACGAGGAAUUCAAUGGGCUCGUAAAUAUGGAUUACGUGUGAUGGUAGAAUUACAUACUGCUCCUGGUUCUCAAAAUGGAUGGAAUCACUCUGGUCGUAUGGGUGCUGUUGGAUUUUUAAAUGGUACUCAUGGUCAUGAAAAUGCUGCUGCUACUCUUGAAAUCGUCAAGGAAUUGGUUAGUUUCUUUAGUCAACCUGAAUGGGCUCCAGUGACUCCUCUUUUUGGUGUAUUGAAUGAACCUGCCAUCUUUCGUUUGGACAAGAACAAAGUUAAAUCAUGGUAUCAAGAAAGUUAUUCUGCUUUACGCAAUAUUGAAAAAGAUGACAAAUCCAAGGGUCCUCUGCUUACUUAUCAUGAAGGCUUUUUAGGAUUAGGUGCGUGGGAUGGAUUCUUUAAUGAUAACAAACAUGAUCAUGUUAUAUUAGAAACACAUACAUAUCUCAUCUUUGAUCAAGGAUUGGUAUCAAUGCCUAGGAAUGAACAAGCCAAUUUCCCUUGUACUGGAUGGUUGAAUGAUUUAAGAAAAGCAAGUAAAAAUGCAGGGCCCACCAUGGUUGGUGAAUUCUCAGUAGCAACAAAUGAUUGUGGCAAAUAUUUGAAUGGUGUUGGAUUAGGAGCAAGGUAUGAAGGGACUCUGGAAGUGGAUGGAAAAAAGCUACCUGCUGUAUGUCAAGAUUGCAAAUGUGGUGACAAGGAAGAUUGGACAAAGUUUGAUGAUGAUUACAAGCAAUUCUUGAUGAGUUUUGUCUCACGUCAAAUGUUUGCUUUUGAAUCCUCUACUUAUGGUUGGUUCUUCUGGACAUACAAAACCGAAAAACACGUCAAUCCUCAUUGGGACUAUCUACUUGGCUAUGAACAAAAUUGGAUCCCCAAGGAUGCAAGCAAACGGGAUAUUAGUUGUUAG